AUGCUGCGUGACAAAGCUCUUUGGCAUUCACAGGAGGCCGCGCGGUCGCAAGAGGCCGCGUGGAAGGUGUUUCGCGAUUUAGUAGCCGAGCAGGACGAGGUAAAGCGCCGAGAAGACGAAUCCUGGUCCUGGAUUGCGGAAGCGGGGGAGGCGGCAGACUUUGUCGGGCUGCAGCGUGAUGAGACUUUCAAGCAGAGCAACCUGGCGAGCGAGGAGCAUGAUGGCGAAGGUGAUGGGGUCGUCCGGCCUGAUCUUGCAUCCGGGCCACCCGGCGGGCAAGGUCCUGGCGGCGGAAACACGGGCGACGAGGCGGGCGCGCAUCGUGAAACGGCGCCUGGGAAUUUCCUGCCAGGGCAAAUGGUCCUUGUUUACGGGCUCAAAUCAAGACCGGAGCUCAAUGGCAAAGAAGGGCGCUUGGAGACCUUCCUACCCAAACAAGGGCGGUGGCAGGUACGCCUAAGCUCCGCAGCUACGGGGCAGGCGCCGAUACUGUUAAAGCCCGAAAACAUAAGAGCGAAGUUCCGGUUGCCAGGGCAAAGAGUCCGCAUCUCUGGGCUCGUAUCAAAACCGGAGCUCAAUGGCGAAGAAGGGCGCUUGGGAGAUGUGCGUCUAACCUCUUCCGGAGAACGGCGGUGGGAGGUGCGUAUAACCCCCGCAGCUAGGGGGCAGGGGCUGGUACUAAGGCCCGAAAACAUAAGCGUGGUGUCUGUUUCCGAUCCGGAAGUUCCAGCGGCGCACGCGCACUGCACGUGGGUGCGUGAGUUUUUCGCUCAGGCGCUAGAGCUUCAGAAAACUUGGAGCGGGACCAAGAAAGAGUUGAAGGCGGAAAACGUCGAACGCAUUCUUUUUCUCCUCGAGCUUGUUUUCCGCCUCCUCAUAGAAGCGCAUCAGGCCGAUGGCUACGUUACGUUCGACUACGAGACGGCGCCUUUGCAGCCACGGACCGGAGUAGACAGGCCAAAGAGAAAGAGAAAGUGCUUCCCUCGAGCGGCACACGCUCCGAAUGAAACUGGCGGGGAUAUAGAGCUGCGGAGCGAGCAAGCGAGGAAAAAAGCAAAGGAAAGGGGGUGCCAAACCUGUGCUGUUAAAGAUAGCAUGCAGCAACGGUAUACGCAGCAGUACGAUGGUUCGACCCUCGAUGGUGACAUGGCGUCCCGGGUAGGUGAUUUGAAAAUAGCAACGCAAGCUGCGCUUCGAAAAUGGAGGAAAAGCGGGGAGCACGACCCAGAUGAUAUAGACGAGUUGCUACGGGAGUAUGUUGCUGAAGAAUUUCAGCGACUUCGCGAGAUUGCGAUUUUGGAAAUGGCGCACCUGAACGACCCUCGUCACUCCGAAGCCUACCCGCUGGGGGCCUCGGGGCCCAUACAAGCGGUUCGCCUCUUCGAUCUUGAAGGUUCUCCAGAGCUGAAUGGGAAGAAAGGGCUCUUGGGGAGCCUCAAGGCACAAAAAGGGCAGUGGGUGGUGGAAUGGAUUUCCGAACACGGUCGUAAGUUCGAAGAAUUGGCCCAGCCCAAGAAUAUCAAAAUCUGCGGAGCCGCCGGGCCUGCUGAGAAUGAACCCGAAACUCCGGACGUUGGGCUUGGAAGAGGCAUCAUCUAACUGCACUGGGGGGGAGCGUGCAAAGGGUUGGGACCUCCUGGCUCGAGUUCAAAGCAUUUCACAUUUGUAUUGAAAGCGAACUUAAAAUUUGUAUUGUGGCUGGUGGCAAACUUAAUUUAUAUUUAUAUUUGUGUGUUUUGUGGUUGGCGUUGGUGGCAAACUUAAAUUUGUAUUGAAGGCGAUCUUCAUCGUCGCUUCCAUAUCCAUUCUGCUUUGGAACAUGUAAGAUGCCCUUUUUUGAAGGAAAUUCUCAUUCGCUACUCUAGGUUUUUUCAGGCAGGCUUGUGCGUUUUUUGACAAUGCAAUCAAAUUUCUGUGAAAUUCACUUAUGCUGCUCAAGAUACUUUCGUAGCGUUGACUUCAGGUAAGGGCCGAGGAUUGAGCUAAGAUUUCUUUUGCUUCUCCGACUAAAAGCGCAUAUCUACACGCUACAAAAUUUCUUUCAAUUACUGAAGUGAUCGUGAGCCGCCUGACUUUAGUUUAAGUGGUCUGAAAUCGAAAAAGGAUCUUGGGAAAGAAAAAUGAGUUUUACAACAUUUAUAUCGAAAUCCAGAACCUGUACCUAAUUGCUUUUUGUCGCUCUAGCUCUGUUUUGAAUAAAUCUACUUCCCAGUGUGGCUCUUCGCAGCAAAGUCUUCUCGCCCACAGCUCCACCCCAGGUGCUCGGAGCGUAGUUUUAGGUUUCCAUAGUCUGCAAAAAGUUUCUUUCAGUUAUCUCUAUCUCAUCUGUGAGCUCCUGACAAACGCACGGCUGUUUUGCGGCCGACGUGGUGGUUAGGGUAGGUUGCUUGACUACUGCGCUGAGCCUGGCCUGCGUAUCUCAAAUCAAAAAGCAAAAUCUUCAUGUAUCUAUAAAUAGUUUAAGAAUUUAUAGUAAUAGUUAUUACCGAAGAAACUUUCGGGAUUUUGAACGAACGAAUUACGAAGAGCUGCAAUGAACCGAUGGCACCACGACAAAACGCAUGGGUGCUCGGAACACUGAGUCUGAAGAUGUGAAUUUAUUUAGGUCGUAUUAUGCAAGACAGGCAGUAUUUUGAAAGACAAAGACGAGAAGAGCCAAACGUAUAAAGGUAUCCAGGAAGAUAGGCUUUGAUCAUGGCUUUCGGUUUUGAUGCUCAACGCACAGCUAUCGAAUCGCUCACAAACUCAGACGCGCAACCAGCACUAUUAGCACGCAAAAAACACGGAAGACUGAUGCCACGGGCACCAUCGAGCUGCAUUACAAACAUUUCGCUAUCACCCAGAAGGGAGGAGCUGAAGUGAUAUUUUGAAUCGUAGCAGGGGCGCUUGAUUUCUCGGCCAACUAUAUCUAUGACUUUUUUUUGACAAACGCCUGGUCGUAGGGAGCAAGGGGACAAGACUUGUUGAGGUACGAAGUUAGCAUGACGCGUUUACCUUUACACUUUUUAGUUUUACUUACAACAACAGCAGGACCUUGAUUCUGACCUAUUGGCGCUGAAACAAUUCACGGUAGGCCAAACAUGGAGCCCAAAAGUGUACACUUAGAAAGUGCGACCCGUUACUUGUUGACAGCUCUCACACAGAUCAGAGCACUACGCAAGAGAGGUAAGGAAAGAAAAAGUGACUUUGAGACGCUGUGCUAGGUUUACAAUUGUUUUGGAAAAGGAAAUCGAGGACGAAUAACGAAAAAGUAAAAGAAGAAACAAUCUAGUUGCACAAUUGUUUUGCAAAUCGAAGAACGAAAAUCUGAAAUGUAUAUAGAAGUGGAGAAAGUGUUGAAAGCAGGAGACGACCUGCGAAGUUCUUUUGAGGGGAAGACCGAGACGAAGACCGAAAUUUCCUACGGGACCCUGUUACGGUGCUGUGACUCCAAU